CAUUUUCAUUUCACAUUUCGCAGCGAACGGCGCAGCAGUCCAGAACAGAAUCGGGCAAAUAUUAAUCUGUUUAUACGAAUCGGUGAUUGUUAAUUUUUCGCCAGAUUCGCAAAAAAUCCAAUGUCGCUAAAAUGCAACUGCAGCUAAAAUAUAUCGAGUAGUGUGCGUGUGUGUCUGCGAGUGUGUGUGUGCUCUUUUUAUCGAUCACACGCUUCGCACUUCCCUCCUCCUUUUCUCUCACCCACUCUCUCCAAUCAAAUUUCAAAGCUGAAAAUCGGAAAAUUAUACAAUUGCAUAUUCGCAAUUACGACGUAUACACGUACGUACAGCACCCCCGAAAAAAAAAGCUAAGGCAAUUCACAAAACGCAAAAUCAAAGUCAGACGGGGGUAAAAACCAAAAGAAAAAGCAAGGAAACAUCUAAGAAAAUCUAAGGAAAACAAACAUUUUCUAGUGACCUCAGCUGCAGCUGCAAGUGCAAGUUAAAAAUAUACAAACAAAGCGGAAAUAACCGAAAAAAUAAAAAGCACAAACGCAAAAACCGCAAAAAAAACAGUAACGUUUAAGCUAAAACCAGCACAAAGUUAAGCUAAAAUUGGAGCCAUAAUAACUAUUUAUUUACGUGGUUAUCAAUUAAUAUUUACUUAAAUAUAGGCAGCCCACGCCUCUUUUAUCGCUUGUGAAUUUAUGAAUUUAUCAAACUAAAACGAAAACAAAAACUCAAUAACAAUUGACACAAGCACACCAGCACACAACUGCAGUGGGAGAGCGAGAGAGUGAAAAGAAAAUAAAAGAGAGUGCCAGAUAAACUUGGGUUCUCUUUUUGCUUCGGCAUUCGCACGCGGGCAGCGACGCCAAGCGGACGUUCCUCCUCCUCACCGCAUUCGCCCGCUCCACAUUCUCAACUCCACCAAAACCGCGUGUGCUUAGGAAACCCUUAACCCUUAACCCUCAGCCCACUAACCACCAUGGUGGAUAUAAACAGUUCAAAUCCUGGCAAUGCCGGUGGCAAUUCCGCUUCAUCUGCACGCUUGAGGAGAUUCGAAAGGACAGACAGUGAGUUGGCCUGCGAGGAGGCCGCCCGACUGACAGCCGAACAGAGUCCCGAGGACGAGGAUAAUCAGGACAAUGAGGAGGAGGACGAGGAUGAGGAGAGUGUCUACGGGGAACUUCCCCCUCCGCCGGACGGAGGAUAUGGAUGGGUCAUCUGCUUCGCUAGCUUCAUGUGCAACAUGAUUGUGGAUGGCAUAGCCUACACGUUCGGCAUCUUCCUGGAGGAGUUUGUGGCCUAUUUCCACGAGGGCAAGGGCACAGUGGCCUGGGUGGGCAGUCUCCUGUCCGGAGUUUACCUUAGUGCCGGUCCAAUAGUCUCCGCCUUGGCCAAUAAGUACGGAUGUCGCGCUGUCUGCAUAGCGGGGAGCAUCAUCGCCUGCAUUGCCUUCGUUUUGAGCACUUUUAGUACCAACGUGAGCAUGCUGAUGGCCACCUACGGUUUCAUGGGAGGAUUCGGCUUUGGCAUGAUUUAUCUUCCGGCCGUCGUAGCCGUGGGCUAUUAUUUUGAAACGAAAAGAAGUCUGGCCACGGGAAUUGCCGUGUGUGGUUCCGGUUUUGGCACCUUCGCCUUCGCCCCCUUGGCCACCUAUCUUCUGGAGGAAUACGGCUGGAAGAACGCCCUGCUCAUCUUUGCGGGUCUAAUCCUCAACUGCGCCAUCUUCGGAGCCAUGAUGAGACCCCUGACCUAUCCCAAGAAGAAGAAGCAGAAGCCCCUGAUGCAGCGAAUGUACGAGGAGAAGCAGUUGCAGCUGGAAAGAGGUUCCUUUGCGGGUUCCCAUUUCAUGGUGCAGCUACCGGAUGGAACCAUGGAGCGGAAGCUCAAGAUGCCACUGAAUGCGGAUCCCGGCGUCCAUUCCAGCUUGAAUCUGGAGCUACUGGCUCAACAGGCGGCCGGCGGCGGAGGUCUGCACCCCGUUUCCACCCUGCCCACCAUCACGGAAUCCAAAGUGGUAGAUGUUCAUCGGCAGAAUGGCGCACAAUCUCCUCCAAAUGGUGACAGCAAUGGGCAGUUAUCGGCUCGAUCUGCUGGACGUCGUCCUCAUCGGAACUCCGAGUCGGAGAACAGCCCCUAUCACUCGCAAGAUGCCAUGACCCGAAAUGCCUCGCAGCCCGCCUUCCUAGCCGGAGAUCACCAGAGUCUGCCCAAAAACGGAUCCGUGCCAUCGUUCACGCGGGUGAGGAAAACCUCCGCCUCCGAGCGCUAUCAACCUUCAUUGGCCGCCAUUCGAGCUUCUUCUCGCGGGGAUUUGGAGGCCGGAGCUGGCGGGGAUUUCGCCACAUCCAAGUUGUCACUCUCGCAGAGGCAGGGCAGUCAAUCGGGCAGCAGCGGCAGGAUGGUGAGACCCAUGUCCCGCAAGGAUAUCUUCUACUCGGGAUCCGUCACGAACCUGCCCCAAUAUCAAUCCCAGAAAUCCCUAACGAACUACAGGAACUCAGUUCUAUCGCUGACAAAAUAUGAGAAGAGCAUGCAGAGUGUGGCCAAACUGGAUCCCUUGGCGGAGGCCGAGAAACACCGCGAGGAGUACGACCUGUGUCCCUGCCUUGGCAUCCCGGAUUCCGUGAAAUCAGUGGUCAACACCAUGCUGGAUGUGAGCCUGCUGAAGGAUCCCGUCUUCAUGCUGAUUGGAGUCUCGAAUAUCUUCGGCAUGGCUGGUCUGUAUGUGCCCUUUGUCUACCUGGUGGAUGCGGCCAAGGAGCACGAUAUACCCAAGAACGAUGCCGCCAUGCUGCUGUCCAUCAUUGGCAUCACCAACACAGUGGGUCGUGUGUUCUGCGGAUGGGUGGCUGACCUGCCACAAGUGAACUCGCUGCUGCUCAACAAUUGCUGCCUUUUGGUCUCCACAAUAGCCGUGACUUUGACCCCAUUGUGCUACAGCUAUUCGGCCUACAUCACCAUGUCCAUAUUCUUUGGACUGGCCAUCUCGGGAUACAUCUCGCUGACGUCAAUUAUCCUGGUCGAUCUGCUCGGCCUGGACAAGCUCACGAAUGCCUUUGGAUUGCUGAUCCUGUUCAGAGGAUUUGCCGCCCUGAUCGGAACACCCUUGGCGGGAGCCAUCUACGAUAUUACACACACCUACGACCUGCCCUUUUACAUGGCCGGUGCCUUGUUCGGGAUCUCCACGAUAACCAGUUUCCUGGCGCCCUGCCUGAAGAGGUGCAGUCCCGCCGAAGAGACGCCCGUGCAUGUGGAGACCCUCACGCCCAUCGACGAGGAGCAGGGCGAGGAUGCAGAGGAUGAGGACGAGGAUCAGCCCAUCACCAUAGUGCCCAAGAUCAUCAAGACAUUGGCGAGUCCACAGCAGGAGGAGGGACAUCCGCAGUUCCCCCAGAAGACAAACGAAUCGAAACUCUAAACGGGUUACGGCAAGAUGAUGAAUUUACGGGGCAUUGCGGGGCUCAAGAAGAUCCGGUGAGAUAUUUUUCUAUUUACUUAUACAGCAGAGGAGAAGAUCAGAGAUCGAGCACACCUAUAUACAAAGAGAAGAAGGCGGAUAUAUAUAGCCAGCCCCAUACCAUAUAUAUAUAUACCUUUAAGCCUAGGCAACAGCGGAGGAGAUGCGAUGCGGAAAAUUCACUUUUCUACCAGGAGAACUCAGCUUAGCUUGCGAUAAGAUAUAGAAAACCUUCGGCUAUAUAUAAAUUAUACUACGCUCAUAAAUUACCGAUCGAAAACUGAUACCGAUCGUUGGUAGAUUGCAACUGUUAUACAGCAACCACAAAAUAUUGUAAAGUAACUUCUAUUAUUAUUAUUUGUUUGUUAAACCCUACGAUUACUAUGAUUACCAUUAUGAUUACUAUUAAAGAUUAUUGUGUACUACUACUACAUAGUUGUUGGCCAGCCGUUAUAAAUGUGUCAUACCGUAGAGAUAUAGCGAUAUAUAGCGUGUGUGUAAACUGUAAACUGUAGCUAAGUAGAAGUGGCCCGAUUAACUUAAAUGUGCAGCAGCAACUAUUUCGAAAUUUCGAACUAAUAAAUUGUAUAUUUUUUAAGAAAGAAAUGAAAAGAAUGCUACACAAAAAAAAAAACUCAAAAGCGAAAACACAAAUGAACCGCGUUAAGAACUAAAAUUGUUUUCAAUUUUACACUAAUCAUUUAGGUGGCAACUCAAAAUACAAAUUUACGGCUCAUUUUUGUAAGUUACUAAACUAAAGUCCAGCAACAGAAAACAGAAGAGUAAAUGAAUUUUUAAGGCUUGUAUGUGUCUGUUUUUUAACUAUCCAAAUAAAUAGCCUAGUAGCUACGAACCAUAAGCAAUACGGCAAGUGCAGUUCUAUACAAACGAAAUUGUUCACGCGGCUAACUAAUUAAACAGUAUAUAAUAUGUACCACAAGAAAUAUUCUAAAUCUGUUAUACGCAUAAGGACAGGAGCAAACAACAAGUGAAAAGUGAAAGGGAAACACAUCAAAAGUAACAUUUAGAACAAUAAGUGUUGAAGGAAUGAGAAAAGCAGCCAGAAUAGUAAUAAAAGAAAUUGCCAUACAUUUUAAAAACUGUAA